GUGGCUAGGUUAGGUGUUGAAUUCCAGAUAUAUUGUAGUAUAGUUGGUCCAUUGUGCUGGCUUAAAUAGGUGAUAACUCGGAAGAAACAGUGUAUUGAACAUCCGUGGAGAAAGAUAACAUUUGGUAACACGUUCAAUUAGCGAGCUAAACAAAGUGAAGUGAAAUUACGUGUGCCGCGCGCUGAAAACGGAAGCAGUAAAAAGUGAAACUAUUAGCUGUGACGACUGGCAACCAGCAAAUGUAUAAGAGAAAAGGCGCACACAUAAUAAUAAAAGAAAAUAAAAAUUAAGGAAUUUUCGCAGUCAAAAUAUUAAUUGAUAAUAAAGGCAGUGGAAAGUGUGCAAGGAGUUUUUACCAAUCAAUUAAGACAAUAAUUCAAUAUCGCUGUGCGCUGCACGUUCGGUCGGUUUUUAACCAAAAUUUAACUUUUAAUUAUAUAAUUGAUUUUUUAUAUUUGUUUUACAAACAAUUAAAGCAAUAGUUUUUCACAAGGACUUACAACGAACUUGUUUAUUUGUAAAUUCAGAGCGACUUCUUGAAAUGACUUUUAAAUGCUGUGACUGAAAGUGCAGUUCUACAAUUUCUAUAAGACAAUCCACGGUACAAGACUUGGUGAAGUAUGAACUAAAAGGACUUCAGAGCACCUGCGGCAUAUUUAAGUGAAUUGGAAAAAAGAUCUUCGUUGACUGAAUCUUGCAACUAUAAAAUCAAACUAUUAACAAUAUUAAGCAGAUAUUGGCGAAAAGUGUGGCAGAACAUCACCUGCCUGUGAAAAACGAAUCGCAAAUACGCAGCCACUCGAAAUUGCACGCCAACAUCCAGCGCACUCACGCUCCACACCUCGCCCCUGCACACAUACAUACAUACGCACACAUGUGGAACGUUGCAACAGCUGCGCUAAUCCAUUAGAGGCAACGUAUGUGAUUGACUGACAACUAAAACUAAAAUAUUUAUUCAUCAAUUGCGAUAAUUUGUUGUUUUCAACAAUUUCCUACCGCGCCUCCGUAAACGCCGUUACAUAUACAUAUUUACCUUACCUGGCGCCUUGCUUUUAUUGGAAUUUACUGUUAUUGUUUUUACUGUCAGCGGCAUAUACAAUACGCAUUGUUGCAGCAAUAUUGUGAUUGCAAGUUACGACGGCAACAACAACAACAAGAGCAACGCGUCUCAACUUCAGGAAUUUCUAUUCAGAGUACACAUUUCGCACAUCGCCGCCAAAAUUGUGCUUAAACCGGAGAUUCGUCGCCAAAAUGAUAGGACGUCUAUUUCGUGCACACGGUGAAUUUUGUGCUUCCCAUCCGUGGGAGGUUAUUGUGGCGCUACUCACGCUGACGGCAUGCAUGCUGACAGUUGACAAGCAAGCCGGUGGUGGCGGCGUCGGCGCCGGCGUUGCCUCCAUGGCGGCGUCGUCGGCAACAUCCAGUCGACAUCGUCCCUGUCACGGUUGGAGUCAGUCGUGUGACGGUCUGGAAGCCGAGUACAAUGCCGCCGACGUGAUACUGAUGACGAUUGUACGCUGCACGGCAGUGCUUUAUUGCUACUACCAGUUUUGCAGCCUGCACAAGCUCGGUUCCAAGUACAUUCUAGGAAUUGCUGGACUAUUUACGAUCUUCUCUAGUUUUAUCUUUACGACGACAAUAAUAAAGUUCCUUGGCAGUGAUAUGUCCGAUUUAAAAGAUGCACUGUUUUUUAUGCUCCUGGUUAUUGAUCUCACAAAUUCUGGCACACUCGCGCAAUUGGCGCUCUUCGGCACGAAUCAGGCCGAAGUGACGAAUAACAUAGCGCGUGGCUUAGAAUUGCUGGGACCGGCCAUAACCUUAGAUACGAUUGUGGAGACGCUUGUAAUUGGUGUGGGAACGCUGUCGGGCGUGCAGCGUCUCGAGGUGCUGUGCACAUUCGCCGUUAUGUCGGUGAUAGUGAAUUAUGUGGUCUUUAUGACCUUCUAUCCAGCCUGUUUGUCGCUGAUACUCGACUUGUCACGCAACGGCAUGGACAUGUCGUUAGUGCGCGCUAAGGCCAAAGACUCCAUAUUGUUGAAGGCGCUGAACGACGAGGAGCAGAAGACGAAUCCGGUAGUGCAACGCGUGAAAAUCAUAAUGACCACCGGUCUGAUGGUUGUGCACAUCUACAGCCGCAUCGUCUUCUCGAACAGUGAAUACGAGACGGUGGAUAAGAAAUUGACGCCGCAAUUGAAUUUGAAUGCGAACAGCAGUCGCACGGAGUCGGGUGAAAUUACGGAUAUGAUCAUCAAAUGGCUUACUAUGAGCGCUGACCAGAUUGUCAUACUAAUCUUGCUCAUUGCUUUGGUGGUGAAGUUCAUCUUCUUCGAACAUCGACACGAGCUGCGCGAUCAACUGCGUCAGUCCACAGUCGCCCUUGCGGCGAAAACUUCCCAAACUCAAGCCUUGAACGAAGUCGAUGAGGCCGCCAUAGUUUCGCCGAUGCUUGCCACUGUCGACGACUCGAGUCAAACCGAAAUUGUUGGCUCGCUGCCCGAGCUCAUUGUUACGCCUCCCGGCGCCAACUUACGCAGCCAUCGCGCCCCACUAUUCACCAUCGAGGAGCAAAAUCUCGUUAAUGCAUAUACACAAACCGAUAGCAUAACCGAUGUAAACCAAUUGCUGCCACUGGUGAAGAGUCAGGUCGAGCCACGGCCGCCCCGCUCACUCCAAGAAUGCCUACAAAUUAUUCAAUCCACCGAAGAGGGCUGCAACGCUGCCAACCUCACCGAUGAAGAAAUCACUUUAGUCGUUAAUGGCGCCAGUCAAUACUGCCCCUUACACAAUAUCGAAUCUAUACUGGAUGACCCGGUACGUGGUGUGAACUUACGUAGGAAAAUAAUUUUUGAGCGUGCCAAAGUACCAGCGGAACGUAUGGAUUGCCUACCCUAUCUGCACUUCGAUUACCGCAAAGUGAUGAACGUCUGUUGUGAGAAUGUCAUUGGCUACGUGCCCAUACCGGUGGGCUAUGCCGGUCCACUAUUGCUAGAUGGCAACAAAUAUUUCGUGCCCAUGGCAACCACCGAAGGCGCACUGGUCGCUUCUACCAAUCGGGGCUGCAAAGCACUCUCGGUGCGCGGCGUCAUUUCGCAUGUGGAGGAUGUGGGCAUGACGCGUGCACCCUGCGUGCGCUUCGGCAGCAUUUCACGCGCUGUGGAGGCGAAAAAUUGGAUUUACAAUGAAAAGAACUAUAAAAAAAUCAAGAGCGAAUUCGAUUCAACAUCGCGUUUUGGUCGCCUGAAGGAAUGCCUGAUCGCCAUCGAUGGUCCACAGCUAUACAUUCGUUUUGUGGCGUUGACAGGCGAUGCCAUGGGCAUGAAUAUGGUGUCCAAAGGUGCUGAGAUGGCGCUGAGAUGCAUUAAAAAGGAGUUCCCCGACAUGCAAAUCAUAUCGCUGAGUGGCAAUUUCUGUUGCGACAAGAAACCGGCAGCAAUCAACUGGAUCAAGGGUCGCGGCAAAUGUGUGGUAACCGAGUGCAUCAUACCGGCUCAAACCCUGCGCACUGUACUGAAAACGGACGCCAAAACCUUGGUGGAGUGCAACAAAUUGAAGAACAUGUCCGGCAGCGCUAUGGCGGGCAGUAUAGGUGGAAACAACGCACACGCAGCCAACAUGGUGACGGCCGUUUUCCUAGCCACCGGUCAAGACCCCGCACAAAAUGUGACAUCUAGCAAUUGCUCCACCGGCAUGGAAUGCUGGGGCCCGAACAAUGACGAUUUAUACAUGACCUGCACGAUGCCUUCAUUGGAGGUGGGCACCGUUGGCGGCGGCACCGGCCUGCCCGGUCAGGGCGCAUGCCUGGACAUGUUGGGCGUGCGAGGCGCUAAUCACGCGCAUCCCGGCGAAAAUGCCAAGAAACUGGCACAAAUUGUGUGCGCCACAGUGAUGGCGGGUGAAAUAAGUCUGAUGGCGGCGCUGGUCAAUAGUGACCUAGUUAAGAGUCACAUGCGUCACAAUAGGUCUUCCGUGGCUAUCGCAGCAGGCAGCAAAGGAAGCGCGCUAAAUGUAACGGUUUCGAGUUGCAGCAGCAUCAGCUAAGGCCCCGCGCAUAAAUCCCACUUGUUAACCCAACAGUUGUUAUUCAAAUCACAUUAUUGUGCAAACAUCAGUGGUACGCACAAAACUCGUUGAAAAGCACAACGGCAGCGCUGACUGUGGUCAUCUGAAGAGCGAUUGCGAAGUGCGAUUGUGCAACAAAAACAAAAAAACCAUUCUCCACUAUCGCUUGAACAAUGUAUCUACGAAACUAUAUAGAGGUGUUGAGCGCUGGCUGCUGUAACAUAGGAAAGCAAACUCUCUAACGCAUUUACAACCUUCACACAUACAGACAUACAUAUAUGGGAGCAGGCAUUAAAGUAAGAAUCACGUGCAGCAAAAAAAUUGAUAAAUGUUUGCAAGUAAUGCUUUAACGCGUGUAGUAUGCAAAUUACUACAUAUUUACAUAUAUAUGUAUAUAAUAUAUGUACUUUAUGAAAAACCGAAAACAGAUCAUUUAUAUCACUAAGAAAAUCCAAACCUAGUAGUUUGUUAAAUUUGCAACGACAAUUGAAUAUAUACAUAUAUGGCAUAUAAAUAAAUUAUAUAAUUAGAUAGCAGUAAAGUGCAAAGAUCUGCACCGAUUAGCUCAUACAAAGUUCACGAAGUACCAAACGGCUGAAUGCAUUGGCAAAAAAGUAAACAAAAACAGAAUGCAUAGAGUUUUACUAGCUAGACGCAUUUAAAAACUUCAACAAAGCUAACCUGUCAACUAAAUGUAACGCUCCAUGAAACACACGUAUAUUCGACCCCACACUGGCAACAUCGGAGCCCUACAUCUUGUUUGCCUUUGGAGUCUUGAGUUCAUAAAACAGGUGCAUGGGCCAGUCGGCGCUGUUCUAAUUCACACACACACACAUAUACAAACAAAACAUACCCACAUACAUACAUAUGACUAUUUAUUGUAAGCGCAUACACAUGUACCCGCCAUUUGUAUCCGAAUACCUGUUCCUUUCCAGCGGAAGCCUUGCAUACGUUUUGCGAUCGUUUAUGCUCGUUGCAAUUGACCAUUAUGCUUUCUAAUUUAUUAAUAUUGCGAAAAUCGUUUCAAGUUAUUUUUAUUUUAUGUUCAAAAUAGAGGUUUUUUUCCUUAUUUUUGGUUUUAUUUAAUUUAAGCAUUCAAACAUAUACAAAAAAAUAAAUAAAUUGUAGAAAGUAUUUUAAGUCAUAUUAAUUAUUUCUUGUAAGGUUGUAAAAUCAAAUGAUUUAACUUAUUAAUAUACAAAUUAUGUAAGAUGUUUAGGAAUAUCAUGUAAAAAGCGUGUAACUUCUUAUAGCAAAUAAUUGUCGAUAAAUUAAAAUGUGUCAAUUCGAAGGAAAUAAAUAUGUAUAUAUAUAAUUUUUUUUUGCUUAUCGAGCCAAGGAAAUUGCAUGCCCUUAAUUAUACAUCUAUAAUGUUCGCUUGUGCAAUAAAUAUACCCUCUUUGACACCCAGUGUGGUGAAAAAUUUUAAACUUCAAGUAGUGAUGUUAUAUUGUAUGCAGCAUUUGUUUAGUGCAUAUACAUACAUACUAUACAUAUAAAAAUGAGUAGUGUAGACGACUAGAAGAGUUGACGAAAAUAAGAAGAAAAUCAAUAGAUUGUAAUAGAAUACAUAUUUUUACUAUUAAAAAAAUAACAAAAUGCA